CCACGUCUUCUGAGGUGCCGCAGCACAUGGAUUUCAGGACCGCCUGUGAGGAGACAAAGACAGGGACUUGUUUGCUGCAGGAUGGUAAUCAGGAGCCUUUCAAAGUCCGGCUGCACCUAGCCAAAGACAUUCUGAUCAUCCAGGAGCAGGACGUGAUAUGCGUGUCGGGUGAGCCUUUCUAUUCUGGUGAAAGGACGGUGACCAUCCGAAGACAAACUGUAGGAGGAUUUGGACUAAGCAUAAAGGGAGGAGCAGAGCAUAACAUUCCAGUUGUCAUUUCAAAAAUCUCCAAAGAACAGAGAGCGGAACUUUCAGGGUUGCUCUUUAUUGGAGAUGCAAUUCUACAGAUAAAUGGAAUUAAUGUGAGAAAAUGCAGGCACGAAGAAGUGGUUCAGGUUCUUCGGAACGCCGGAGAAGAAGUGACCUUAACAGUCUCUUUCUUGAAAAGAGCACCCGCCUUCCUCAAGCUCCCGCUGAAUGAAGACUGUGUGUGUGCUCCGAGCGACCAGAGCAGUGGCACCUCCUCUCCUCUUUGUGACAGUGGCUUACAUCUUAACUACCAUCCCAACAACACGGACACGCUGUCCUGCUCCUCCUGGCCGACCUCGCCUGGCCUGCGUUGGGAGAAGCGGUGGUGCGACCUGCGGCUGCUCCCGCUGCUGCACUCGCGGUUCUCGCAGUAUGCACCUGGGACUGACCUGAGCAGGCAAAACGCUUUUCAAGUCACUGCUGUGGAUGGGGUCUGCAGUGGGAUCAUCCAGUGCCUCUCCACGGAAGAUGCUCUUGACUGGCUACAAGCAAUAGCAACUAAUAUUUCAAACCUCACAAAGCACAAUAUUAAAAAAAUCAACAGAAACUUUCCUGUAAACCAGCAGAUUGUGUACAUGGGCUGGUGCGAAGCCAGGGAGCAGGACCCGCUGCAGGACCGGGCGUAUUCGCCCACGUUUCUGGCUCUUAGGGGUUCUUGUCUUUACAAGUUUCUGGCUCCUCCGGUGACCACCUGGGACUGGACCCGAGCAGAAAAAACAUUCUCAGUUUAUGAGAUUAUGUGCAAGAUUCUCAAGGACAGUGACCUGCUGGACCGGCGGAAACACUGCUUCACCGUCCAGUCCGAAUCCGGGGAGGACCUGUACUUCUCGGUGGAGUUGGAGAGUGACCUGGCCCAGUGGGAAAGGGCCUUUCAAACAGCUGCUUUUCUGGAAGUGGAACGGAUACAGUGCAAGACAUACGCGUGUGUACUGGAGAGCCAUCUCAUGGGCCUCACGAUCGACUUUAGCACAGGCUUUAUCUGCUUCGAUGCUGCCUCCAAGGCUGUACUUUGGAGGUACAAAUUUUCUCAGCUUAAAGGUUCUUCAGAUGAUGGCAAGAGCAAAAUCAAAUUUUUGUUUCAGAAUCCAGAUACUAAACAGAUUGAAGCAAAGGAGUUGGAAUUUUCAAACUUAUUUGCUGUCCUCCACUGCAUUCACUCCUUCUUCGCUGCCAAGGUGGCCUGCUUGGACCCCCUGUUCUUAGGGAAUCAGGCUACUACUUCUGCUGCUGCCAGCUCCGCCGCCACAAGCAAAGCCAAGUAUCCCACUUGACGUCCUCA